AGACCCCCAGCUUGUAUUUCCCUCUUUCGGGGGCUUUGUCAGUGGAGAGACGCAAGAGAUCGGGGUGGGGGGGAAAGCCGAGAGACAGAAAGAAGAUAGAAAAUGCAGCUCUAAAAAGAUCUAUGUUGGGAAUCUAUCUGUUCCUCUUCUCUCCGCUCAUGCGAAAGGAAAGAUGCGGCGAAUGUUCCCCUUGCUCUGCACCAUCAGCUUUCUUGGGCUUUGUUCCGCUACGAGUUUCCCAAGUAAUAUAAACAUAGGGGGGUUCUUCCCCAGCGGCUCCCACGAAUAUGAGGUGUUUCGCUUUGCGCUCCUGCAGCACCAGGACGUCCCUAAACUGGUACCUCAGGUGGACAUGGUCAACAUCUCGGAUAGCUUUGAAAUGACAUACGCAUUUUGUUCGCAGUUCUCCAAAGGUGUAUACGCCAUCAUUGGACUCUACGAUAGGCAGACGGUGAACAUGCUCAUGUCCUUCUGCGGGGCUCUGCACGUCUGCUUCAUCACUCCCAGCUUCCCCAUUGAGACAUCCAACCAGUUCGUGAUCCAGCUGCGUCCGGAGAUACAGGACGCCCUGGUUGCAGUCAUUGAACACUACAGGUGGACCAAGUUCGUCUACAUGUACAGCUCUCACUCAGGAAUGACAGCUUUGCAGAAAGUUCUGGACACAGCUGCUGAGAAGAACUGGAUGGUGACCUCCAUAAAUCUCUUGACAAUGACGGAGGCAGCCUUUCUAAAGGUGCUCCAGGACCUCGAUAAGAAGAAGGAGGGACAAAUCAUUAUGGACUGUGAGCUGGACAGGCUUUCUUCAAUCCUGAAUCUGAUUGCAGCUCAGGGGAGGAACCUGAAAAGCUACCAUUACAUACUGGCAAACCUGGGCUUCACGGACAUUGACCUGACGGAGUUUAGGAAGGCCGGCGCCAACGUGACGGGCUUCCAGCUGAUGAACUACACUGACCCCAGCAUCAGCCGAACGAUACAGGAGUGGCUCGAGUUUGACAGCAAGGACCUCAAAGCUCCUAAGAAACGGCUCAAGUAUACUGGGGCCCUCACCUAUGAUGGUGUGAGUGUGAUGGCUGCCGCCUUCCAGAACCUCCGGAAGCAGCGCAUUGACAUUUCUCGCCGAGGCAACGCCGGCGACUGUCUGGCCAACCCCCCAGCACCAUGGGGGCAGGGUAUCGACAUCCAGAGAGCUCUACAACAGGUUCAGAUAGAAGGCUUGACAGGACACAUACAGUUCAAUGAGAAAGGACGACGCACCAACUACACCGUCAGUGUAAUGGAGCUGAGUCCAGAUGGACCCAAGAAGGUUGGAUACUGGAACGAAGAAGAAAAAUAUGUGAGCACUGCAACUUACUCUCACGGCAGCAACGAAACAUUCGGAUUGCAAAACAGGACUUACAUUGUUACUACUAUAUUGGAAUCUCCGUAUGUGAUGCUGAAAAAGAACCACGAUCAGCUGGUGGGAAACGAUAAGUACGAGGGCUACUGCGUGGAGCUGGCGGCGGAGAUUGCCAAGCACGUCGGCUACACUUAUAAACUGGAAAUUGUUCCGGAUGGGAAGUACGGAGCCAGAGAUUCUGAAACCAAGAUGUGGAACGGCAUGGUGGGGGAGCUGGUGUAUGGCAAAGCGGAUGUGGCUGUGGCCCCGCUGACCAUCACACUUGUGCGGGAGGAGGUCAUCGAUUUCUCUAAGCCCUUCAUGAGCUUGGGGAUCUCCAUCAUGAUCAAGAAGCCCACCAAGUCCAAGCCCGGAGUGUUCUCAUUCCUGGACCCUCUGGCCUAUGAGAUCUGGAUGUGCAUUGUGUUUGCCUACAUAGGCGUGAGCGUGGUUCUCUUCCUGGUGAGCCGCUUCAGCCCGUACGAGUGGCACGGCGACGAGCCGGAGGAGGGUGAGGAGCAGCAGGAAUCGCAGACGCAGUCCCAGGGGCAGUCGCAGCCACCACAGAGCCCACAGUCGCCAAACCGGGAGAGCCAGUCCCAGGCCCAGCAGAACCAAGUACAACAGCAAAGCCAGGAACACACAAAUGAGUUUGGGAUCUUCAACAGUCUUUGGUUCUCCCUUGGAGCCUUCAUGCAGCAAGGCUGUGACAUCUCGCCCAGAUCUCUCUCUGGCCGCAUAGUGGGGGGUGUCUGGUGGUUCUUCACCCUCAUCAUCAUCUCCUCCUACACGGCCAACCUUGCCGCCUUCCUCACAGUGGAGAGGAUGGUGUCUCCCAUUGAGAGUGCCGAGGACCUGGCCAAGCAGACAGAGAUCGCCUACGGCACCCUGGACGGUGGUUCCACCAAAGAGUUCUUUAGGAGGUCAAAGAUUGCUGUGUUUGAGAAGAUGUGGUCCUAUAUGAAGUCUGCGGAGUCCUCCGUGUUUGUGAAGACGACCGAGGAGGGUGUGCUCAGGGUGAGAAAGUCCAAAGGGAAGUACGCCUACCUGCUGGAGUCCACCAUGAAUGAGUACAUCGAGCAGCGGAAGCCGUGUGACACCAUGAAGGUGGGCGGCAACCUGGACUCUAAAGGAUAUGGUGUGGCCACUCCUAAGGGUUCACCUUUAAGAAUCCCAGUAAACCUAGCGGUGUUGAAACUCAAUGAACAAGCCGUCUUAGACAAACUGAAAAACAAAUGGUGGUACGAUAAGGGGGAGUGUGGAAACAAGGACUCCGCAAGAAAGGACAAGACAAGUGCUCUGAGCCUCAGUAAUGUGGCUGGAGUGUUCUACAUCCUGAUUGGAGGGCUGGGGCUAGCCAUGCUCGUAGCACUCGUGGAGUUCUGCUACAAGUCCAGGACGGAGUCGAGGCGAAUGAAGCAAAUCAUCAGUGACGCCAUGCUGAGCUCCACCCUGAGCAGAAUGAACAGGAACGAGAGCGGGGGUGAGAAUGGGCGGAUAGUGACGCACGACUUUCCCAAAGAGGCACAGACUCUGCCGUGCAUGAGCCACGCGGCUGGUAUGGGCCUUGGCGUCUCGGGCAUGUGACUGCGCUGCGCUGGAUGGAACCAAACCGGAUGGACAGCUGGUGGAGCGCGCCACAAUCCCAUCACCUGCCACAGACAUGCUGUCAAGUGGACUUGUCACUAUGGGCAGACAAUUUGCUGCGAACUGUGGGAAGGAUUUUUUUUUUUUUUGUUUUUUUUUUCCUUUCUUUCCUUUUCAGAAGUUGUUUUCAUCCACUGCAAUAAAGAAGCCAUUGGGACUUUGCAAAGAGUUGUUCUUGUUUGUGACAAAAUAGGAAAAACUGUCCCCGAAAUAACUCCUGUGCUGUGCCAUUUCUAUAGUCCUGCUUACUUCUGUUACCAUGUGCAAUAUGUUGAUUAAUAUCAAUUGCCAACAGUGAUGUCAGCGACACGUGUAUUUUUUUUUUUACAAUCAAAAAGUUGAGGAAUGAACACCCCCCCCGUGUCACACACUGCCAGUUUAAGCAACAUAUUCUUUAAAUGAGGGAUAACGUCUUUUUUCCAUUAAAAUAAUAGGGGAAAUGUUCUUGUGGAUUGGCACUAUGCACUGUAGCGGAACUGCAUCCGGCAGAGCGGCAGAGCCCAGGCAACUUGCGUUGUCCGAGAAAUUGUGUUUUCUUUCAAAAUUAUGUAUAUUCCAUAAAAAAAAGCGGUUUGAACGGAUUCCGGUUAAUGAAUUUUAAUUGUCACAAGCUUAUAUACACCAACCAUCUAAGAAAAAGAGAAAAUUAACUGGAAAUAUUAUACUACCUCAGUCCACACUGAUAUUUGCACUAUUUUAAAUUAUUGCAUAAAUCAAGUGUCAGAUAUUUAUAGGUGUUUUAUUUAAUAAUUUCACUUGGUGGUCACCCAUAGUCCAGGAAUGACGGGGCUAUUUGACUAUAGGCUAUUUGUAAAAGAAACGCCGCAAACUAUUUUAUUCAAGAAGUUAUUUCUGGCUACUUUACUUAAUGGGUCUUCCCAACCAUUUCCAAGCUGAAAUCUUAACUGAAAUGAUGUGGAGUCAAGAGCACUUUUAUACAUUUUUACAGAAGUCCAAAACCUCGUGGGUUCUUGCGUGUAAAACAAGCUGACCGGUCACAGGAGAGGGUCAUAUAUAAGUUUACAGCAAUGUUACAUUAAUAGGAGACAAACGAUGAAAAUUUGUGAAUGUUCUCAGCAGGAAAUUGACCAGUUACAACAAAGGUGUGUAAGGUGUACAUAUGAACCUGUGUUUAUUGCAUGUCAACACGGGAGAUCGUUGUACUCAUGGAUGUCCGGUGCGUUUAUGCAUUUCAUCCAAUUUCUUCUGCAUGUUUAAAAACCAAAUGUUCUUUCUGUGUACUUUAUGGCAAAAUAAAUUAACAAUAGACUGUGUUUUUAAAAAAAGAUAGCCCGCAGUCAAAAAGAUAAAGAUUAGAAUUUUUUUUUUAAAAUCAUGAGGAGCAGUUCAGAUCAAGUUUGCUUUUUGUGGACAUUUUCCACACAUGUAACACUGUGUCAAUGACAUAUAGUAAUAAACAGCAUAAUAGCAACAUAGGAGUAGAACCGAAGGGUUUGCAAAUAUACAUAUUUCAAUAAUAAUGAAAAUAGGGCUACAUCAGUUAUUAAUUGAUGGCAUCGACCCGGAGGACCUUUCUGGUGCGAGCUUUAUUUUACUUUCCUGCAAACGCUGUUUCUCCCAAGGUGUGCAUAUGAACAUGAAAGUUACUACGUUACUGUUCCGUGGUGCCGAACCCUCAAGGUCCAACGAGACCUCGGCUCUUUCUCCACUCUGCUUUAUAGUAAUAAAAGCGCAGAUUGGUAUUAUUAGCUAAGAAAUCGAGUCCUACAGUGCACUGUGCAGAGAUCCUUUCUCCAUCACAAUGAAUUUGUCGGUUCACCAAGGGCGUUUUUCCUCUGUUUUCUUCCUCGUAUGGCACAGCACAAAAACAUAAAUGGCCCUUGCAAAUAAGACAGUAUAUUCUACUUUUUUGAAGAACAUUUUUUUACCCUAACAGGUAAUAAGGUAUUGAGCAUUUGUAUUGUGCGAGCAACAUUUACACAUGGGGGUUUAUUAAAAAUGGUGUUCAAUUAGUAGACAUGAGUCUUUUUAUCAGUUUGGUUUGAGUUUUAUUCAGUCUUGUUGAUUUUGUGACAUUUGCAGGGAAAUUUACUGGGUAUGGUCCAUUUAAAAAGUUAGAUAUUUUUAAGUCUGAUACUUUGUUUCAUUACUACAAUGAAAAGCUAAUCUUAUGUGUUUAAUUAUAUG